AUGAAGACAAUAGUAGUUCCCAUUGUAAAGAACAAGACGGGAGACAUCUCUGACAAGGGUAACUAUCGUCCUAUUUCCUUAGCCACUAUCAUAGCAAAGGUGUUGGACGGUGUGCUUGAUACCAUCUUAAGUGACCACAUUCAACUUCAUGACACACAGUUCGGGUUUAGACCAGGACUAUCAACCGAAAGUGCUAUUUUAUGUCUAAAGCACACCGUUCGAUAUUACGUAGAUCGGGGUACCCCGGUAUAUGCCUGUUUCCUUUCCCCGGUAUAUGAUCUUUCCAGGGCAUUUGAUCUCGUCUCAUAUGACGUGCUCUGGAGGAAGGUGGAGGACAGAGGUGUACCGUCAGAGAUAUGUGGUCUGCUCAAAUAUUGGUACAGUAAACAAAUAAAUCAUGUGAAAUGGGACGAUACUCUUAGUGAACCGUACAGGUUGGAAUGCGGGGUAAGGCAGGGGGUUCUAGCGUCUCCCAGAUUAUUCAAGCUAUAUAUAGAUGCUCUCAUAGGCGAGCUCAGUAGCAAGCGUGUCGGAUGCAGUGUUGGUGGAGUUAGUAUUAACAACAUCAGUUAUGCAGAUGACAUGGUGCUGAUGGGACCGUCGGUGAGGGCAGUAAGAGAGUUACUGAAGGUGUGUGUAGCCUAUGCUGAGUCUCAUGGGUUGGCAUAUAAUGUCAAAAAAUGUGAAUACAUUGUCUUUGGCGUCAGGGGCAAGCCUAGGACUGAUGAACCUGACCUGUUCUUGAAUGGGUCAAAACUUAAAAAAGUGACGUCCUUUAAAUAUCUUGGUCAUUUUCUUGCAGAUGACCUGAAAGAUAAUGUAGACAUUGAGAGGGAACGCAGGGCUCUAGCGGUCAGGAGUAACAUGCUGGCCCGUAGAUUUGCUCGAUGUACGGACUUAGUAAAAAUUACCCUAUUUAAGGCAUACUGCCAGAGUCUGUAUACGAGCAGUCUAUGGAUCAAUUACACUAAAAGGUCACUGGAUGCCCUGCGUGUUCAAUAUAAUAAUGCUUUCAGAAUGUUGUUGGGACUGCCUCGAUACUGUAGUGCGUCGGAGAUGUUUGCGCAAGCUCGCACGGACGGUUUUCAUGCGAUAAUACGUAAGAAAACAGCUUCGCUGCUUAGAAGGGUGAGAGAUAGUCACAACAGCAUUUUGAAAACAGUAGCGGAGAACUUUAAUUCUCCGAUUUUGAAAAAGUUUGUACACACAUUAAUGUUUACUAACACUAGUUUAUAA